UUAUGCAGGAGCACUCGCGUGUACAUCCGACCGUCGCGGCCUCAAAGAUAAAUAUGGUCGGCCAUAUAUUAUACGGACCUAAGAAAUGACGUUUUGUAACCUAUAGUUAGAUAGCUCUAUGCAGUCCGUUCUUGCCCCGCUAAUCGUUUGGGUCUGAUGGAUGAGAAGGACUGAGUAUACAUCGGAACUACUUUGUGGGGGAUAGCCGUGCUGCGCCUUUCUCUCCCACUCGCUUGUGCUAGUCCGCCAUCUUGAAUUUUAAUGUUAAUUUCUUUCUUUCUUUUUUUUUUAAUAAAUGUGUUUCCUGUAAUGUUUACGGUGCUGUUUCAGAUUUCGAUGACUUUUAAGCAGGGUUGUUAUAUUGCACGGUUAUUUGACGAGGCCACCCGUUAUCUCCAGAUACCCUUGUGAACUGCAAAAUGUCCUCCUAACAUAAUGGGAUAAAUAGAAUUCAUAUUCAAGACGCCCGCCUUCCCCACUCAAGAGUGUUUCUUCAUCUCAGAGACUAAAUGCAACUGGACCAGGGGGCUUGUGGGCAUGAAGUGGCUGGGCGAAUCCAAGAACAUGGUAUUAAAUGGCAGACGACAUGGAAACAAGUUGACCAGCGAGCAGCCUGUGAGCCAGAGCCAGUCUCGGUCUCAGCAUUCACAGCGGGUCUCCCUGCGCCACAACAAAACCCAUCCCAGAAACCGAAGAUGUAGCCGUAGGUUUCAUGCAACCAGCCUUGAGGCAGAGAGGCGAUAUGUGCCCUCGUCAGGUAUGACUGCUAAGGAGCUCUGUGAGAAUGAUGACCUGACCACAAGUCUCAUAUUAGAUCCUUACCUGGGCUUUCAGACGCACAAAAUGAACACCAGAUUUCGUCCAGUCAAGGGAAGGCAGGAGGAGCUGAAAGAAAUCAUUGAACGCUUCAAAAAGCACGAUAACUUGGAGAAAACAUUCAGAGCGUUGAUAUCAGGGGACUGGUCCCGAAAUCUUUUUCUUCACAAGACAAAAUCUCAAGAAAAGCUUUUUAAACAACAUGUUUUUGUGUAUUUGCGGGUGUUUGCCACUGACAGCGGGUUUGAGAUUCUCCCAUGUAAUCGCUAUUCUUCAGAGCAAAAUGGAGCUAAAAUUGUGGCAACGAAAGAAUGGAAAAGGAACGAUAAGAUCGAGUACUUGGUGGGAUGUAUUGCUGAGCUGUCGGAGAGCGAAGAAAACAUGUUACUGCGGCAUGGAGAGAAUGACUUCAGUGUCAUGUAUUCAACGCGCAAGAACUGUGCACAGCUCUGGCUGGGGCCGGCUGCUUUUAUUAAUCAUGAUUGUCGUCCAAACUGCAAGUUUGUGUCGACAGGGCGGGACACUGCCUGUGUAAAGGUGCUAAGGGACAUUGAGCCAGGCGAGGAAAUCUCUUGUUACUAUGGAGAUGGAUUUUUUGGGGAAAACAACGAAUUUUGUGAAUGCUACACCUGUGAACGGCGCGGCACUGGUGCUUUCAAAUCCAAAGCUGGACUGCCUGUCGAAGUUCCAGUGAUCAACAGCAAAUACGGGUUGCGGGAGACAGACAAGCGUCUGAACCGUCUGAAGAAGUUAGGAGAAGGAAACCGGAGUUUGGACUCUCACUCUGUAGGCUCCCACACCGACGUAGACUCUCAGGAAUCGCCCAAAACACAUCAAUCUGCCAGAAAAAGAUCAUCUGGUCUCAAGUAUAAAAACAGGACUCAAACAAGACAGACAUUGUCAAGAGCUCUCACUACCUCAUGUUCAAAACAAGGACGUGUAAACAAUAAUAGGGUACCAAAGAGACUAAAAUCCCAAUCAAAGCCUUCACUAAGUAGAGUCCAGUUACGGAGUCGCAGAAGGGGCGCGGAGCCCAAGGCGUUGGCCAAAGGUGAGACUUGCCAGCUGGGUCUCAGAGACUCGAAGGUGUCGCUGUGUAAAGGCGUCUCCGUAAAGAAGGAGAAGGACGGCCAGGAGCUGGUCCAGCAAACGCUAGGCCAGCGGGGAUGCUUAACACGUCACGCUGCAAAGGAAAACGUUAGUCUCACGGUUGUGCAACAUGGUAAGGGUUGCCUGUCGUCAACGUACAGAACUCGCAGGUCCACCCGGACACUCGUCAAAGCCCAAGAAACAACUGGCGGUGUCAAGCUGGACCCCGGUGCUAUGCACAACUUGAGCCCAGUCUCCAGUGCAGUGGUCAUUAAAUCAGAGCCAUCGGACUUGGAGGAGUAUCUUCACCACGAGAUAGGUCUGGAGCAGCCGGCAUUGGAUGCCGGCUAUCCCCAAAGGGGCUCGUGCGCACGGCUGAAACGGCCGAUACGGCUCGGGACGGAGCGAACAAUUAAAUGCGAGGACUCGUACGGUGAGCCGUUUAUGCCCAUGGCAUCCAGUCAUCCCACCAGCUACUCAGACUGCGGGAAGGUUCUCUUGAGCUUCUCCGACCGGCACAGGGAAUACAAUGGGGUUGCCAAUGGCAGGAAAUCCCUCCGUCGGGACAAGGGCAAGAGUAGCUGUCGCUCACAGGACAAGGGGAAGAAGAAGCGCAGGAUCACCCGUUAUGAUGCCCAGUUGAUCCUGGAGAACACGACGGGUCUCCCCAAACUGACGCUCCGCCGACGGAGAGACAGUAGUAGCAGCAAGACCAAUGAUCCUAACGACGUCAUCGCUUCUUCCGGUCUUUCUGCCGCGUCGGUGAACUCGGCCUCUUCCAGCAAGAUUAGCAUUAAGUUCAGCAAGGACCACGACAAGGACAAAGGCAGCUCGUACAUAGCCAAACUCAAUAACGGUUUUUCCCCCGUGGUGCACAGUAACUCGACAAAGUUAAAGAUACAGCUGAAGAGAGAGGAUGACGCGCGGAGACUAUCCCAGAUGAAGGCAGACCAGCUGUCCUUCAACGGUGACACGGGUCCGAGUUUUGAGGCUCGAGGGGGUGGACAUCGAACCCAAAAGAUUAUGGCGGAGCCGUCAUCCGAAGAUGAAAAUGAUGCGGAUGCUGAUGAUGACGAGGACUACUUUGACAAUGAGUUUGAAGACGACUUCAUUCCACUUCCCCCGGCGAAACGUCUGCGACUCAUUGUGGGUAAAGACUCCAUCGACAUUGAUAUCUCCUCCAGGAGGAGAGAGGAUCAGUCUCUUAGACUCGAUGCAUAGCUUGUGGAGCUCCUCCCUCCUGUCCCUGUAAAUAAAGAAAACAAGCGAAUCAGCUGUCGUGUUGAUGUAAAAUAAGUAUAGUAAUUUAAAAAUCUACAAAUCUGGGCCAGUAUUCAUAAAGAUUCAGACGUGUUCUCAAACAAUUGGACCUGUCUCAUCUAACCAGAAGACCAGAACCAAUUUCACUCACUCAGAAGACAAGAGUCAUUAUGAGUACGGGCCCAGAACAUUGCUCGAAGGGGUUGCUAACUUAAAACAAAUCUGCUCAAUUUCAAUUCCAUUCAUCCGCAAGUAUCUGAUGUGAUUUUGUUUCCCCACCGCUGGUUUACAGCAACGUUAUGUAACUGUCUUACAAUGCCAGAAAGAUGACAACCAGAGCAUGUUUGAUGUUUUGUUGCAUUAUGUUGAUCACCUGUUGGAAAGAAUUGGUUGAGCCUUCCAAACAAUGUUUCUGAGGAGAAAAAGCACAAUUAUAAACUACCGUGAAAAAAAAUCUACAUAUAAAAUGGAAACUACCAACUUUUUUUGAAACAGCCACUUCUUAGGAACUACCGGUAAUAGGGACGGCUACCGGUUUGACACACACACUUCAGAAAUAAACUUUGCUUUUCAUCAUUUUGCAACUGUUGCGAGAAUAUGCUGUACAGAAAAUCGAUCGAUGUGUAUUCGAAUAUGUGAACACAACUACAAAAGUAUGAUUUAGAAAUGUCGGAAUCUCUCAAAGCGUUAACAUUUUCAAAUACAUUCUUUAACAUUCCUAGGAAAUCACAAUGGUUCGCUCUUCGAAUAUGCCCACUGGCUGCUUGUGCAGUCCUUACGGGAUACCUGAUGAAGAUCGGUGUAAGAUGUAAGUGCAUUGAUACUGAAAACAACACAAUAGCUACCAAGUCAUCUGCCCCACUUGAGUCAACGCCGCCUUUUUUUUUCUCCGAAUGGUGCAACAAUUACUUUGGAAACACCUCAUUGUGGCACAAAAUGACUUGUUUGGAAGGCACUCCACAUGGCAGGAAAGAGAAAUCUCAAUUCGCUCCCUUUCUACUGAUUUUUGUAUUCCAGUCAAGUUAGUUGGUUUACGGUUUAGGAAGCGUGAUGAUCUGCUUGUUGUACAACAGUCUUUGUUUGCCGAACCUCAUUGAAAAUUGAGAGAAUUGUUUUCUGUUCAACUAUUCCUUUCAGUGAGUGCACUUGUUAUAUUCAUAAUGGACAUUGAAAUUGUAGAAAGUGUACAGUAUAGUGACUAUCCACUCUGUCUUAUAGGCAGGUUUUUAUUGAUCUUUGGUUUGUUUGUUUGGUUUUUUUCCCCCUCCCUUUGUAUUUUAUUUUUAUUUUUUUGUAUGUGAGAAGCCAUGCUGAAUGUUCAGUGUUGGUGCAGUUGGUCCAGAAGCAUUAUAAUGUUGCUCCGUCACUUGAUUUGGAUUCAUGUGCCAUGUUUUAAUUACUGCAGUCUCUAAAGUCAAGACUUUGAUUUCCUUUCCCAUCAGCGUUUUUAAAUGUAAACGAGUUGAGUGAAAUAAAUAAAAGCACAUAGUUUUGUUAUA